AUGUGGUGCGAGCUUCAGUGGGAGGAGGCCUUCGGAGAGACAAACUCACUUUUUAUUUACGACCUAGUAGAAGCCAUCGUGUUCUUUUGUAUCCCUGUUGUCCUCUUACUAAUACUUUACUCCAUCAUCCUGAUCAAGCUUAAGCAACAAGUUCACCCAGGUGAACAGUCAGCGAAUAUUGAGGAACAGCGGACAAGAAGAAACAAAAAAGUGCUCAAGAUGGCCACAGCUAUUAAUUUAGCGUUUUUCAUUUGCUGGGCACCCCUUUUAUUUGACCGAAUAAUAUCUUAUUUUGCACCGGACCUUCUGUCUUCCUGUAUUGCUAUGGUAUACUAUAUUGUCAGCCAGUUUAUUGUUUUCGCAAACUAUGCUAUCAACCCGAUUAUCUGCCUCUUGUCUAGCAACAACUAUCACCACGCUCUUAAGAGACUUGUGAGAUGCUGCGAUGCAGUUCAAGAGUAACUCUUGAAAACUGAAAGCUAGGUCUGAAGCAAUGAAAUCUGAGUACCGCCCUCGGCCGAUACUCAAGACAUCGGGUACAGUUUCUCCUAAUACUGACCUUGCAGCCGGUGAAUAACAUAUAUCUAUGAUGACCUUAUUAUUGACAUUCUGAUUCUGAGUUCUACAAGACCAGUGAAUAACCACGUUUAUUCAACGGGUCAAAGAUUUAUCAAACAAAAUUCCAUUUGUAGUUGAUUUAACUUUGCUCUUACAUAGUAAUUGUGACUUUUGUGUGUACGUGAGUUUUAUCCCGGCAAAUUUGUCCUCAUUGAUCACGGUAUUUUAUUUGUCUUCUUUAUUAUUGAUGAUAUUGCAUUGUUUGCUUAAUAAUUUUGCUAAAGUUGUUGUUCCACCAACCGUUGAGAUCCGACUGAAUCGACAAUUUGUUAAACUAAACAGGAAUUUAGAUAUCUAACUGAAAAAGAGCGAAAUUGUGCUUUUGAGAUCAGCUGAAAUGGCUAAUGGUGUCCCGUUACUCAAAUUUCAUGUAACUUGCGAUAGGGUCGACGAGUUUUAAGAGCUCCAAAAGGAGUUGAUUGCAAGGAUGAAUUCAGUUGUAAAUGAUUGUAUUAAUUGAAAUGAACUGGUAGCAGAAGCAUAAUGUAAGAGGCACAAGAAUGCGGUAUAAACAGUGUAGACCUUACCUUUGGCGAUCUCAAAUAAUGUAAACCGAACAUAUUAGUGAAUAAAUAAAUGCGAAUAUAUAGGAAUUGUCUAACUAUGAAACGCUAACUUGCAAAGGUCGACCAACAAACAAUGUAGUUCAUGAAUAUAAGUUUUUCUUAAUUAUGUCUUUUCCUCAAGUUCACUGUCUGACCAGAAUUCGCUGUUUUGAUUGUCAGAGUGCACUAUACUGACUAAAAAAGCCACAGACCAUUCACAUUGCGCAAUUAAUUGCUGGAAGGUUGUUCCCUUUGGAAACGAAGAUAUGGCUCCUUAAUCUUGAGUUGAAAACUCGUGGAACAAAUAAAAAGUAAAGUGUAACCGUUUCAAACGUCAGAGAUUCAAAUGCUCUUUGUAAAGUACACACAUCCCUGCUUUGUAUGUAGUUCAUUGAUGUCGGUAUUGAGUACGAUUUCACAGUGUUAUAAUUUUGUAUCAAACAUAUAUGAUAGCUGCCGAGCGGUUACAUACAUAUACUAGUCAUUUAAAUAAAAUAAAUAAAUAAAUAAAUAAAUAAAUAAGUAAAUAACGAUUUGCAGGUAGCACAUCCACAUAGUGGUUCUUCGUCUACCUGAUUCCUGGUCGAAUUGGAAUUUGGAGAUGUUGGUGUUUUUACCAAUUUACUUCAUCGGCAAAAAGUUGAACAUUUCUGUAUAUUUCAAAUGCGUUGUAAGUUACUGCUUGGUGCUCACGUAAAAUAAAACUCAGAAGCCCUAAUUAAAUGAGAGACUCUUACCUUUAAACAUACCUUUAGAGCAAAGGUUUUUUACGGCAUGGCUUUUACCAAUUUUAAAGUCGUUCGCGGGGCUUAAAUAAUCCAACCACUUGACUAAGGGUGACGCGAACAACUUAGUAAAUGCUAAAAGCCAUGUCGGAACAGAAAGAAAUCUCUCCUAUUAGGGUAUUGUAAACACAAAAUUGACCACAACCCCACCCCUUCCCAAGAAAAAAAGCGCAUUGUAGCCCUUCUUUUAUUGUCUUACAAAAUUUGUAAUUAGCUCUUAUAAAACGACUGUAAACGAGAAUUUCAUUUUUUCAAUCUAUUGACCGGUUUCAAAAUUGUUUGCUUAAUUUUUUGUUGGUGUAUAGGCCAAAAUAUAUACUUAGAUGCUAAGAAGAGCAUCUCAUGAAUGCUAAUGAAAUUCCUCUUUUUGCGAUCGGCUGAAACAAUCCCUUUGAUUCUUUCAGGUCCCAGUAGUUUUCAUUGUGACCCAUCUGGAACUCAUGAUCAAUUCUUUUUUUAAAUUGCUGGUUGCAUUUAUAUUGACAACAUUCCUCAAAGGUUCCAUCAAAAGUAGGCGUCAUUAGAGACUUAAGCAACGUUUUUGUGACUUUAUUAAACGAAGCGAAGGUUGAGGGGUAUCUUUUAGAGGCAAAGUUAGUGAAAGUUAACUUUGGGAGAAAGUGAAAGUUAGCUCAGGGAAAAUAUGAUUUUUCAGACGUUUGUAGUAAAUUAACUACGAGCAGGUGUGCCAGUAUAAAUGUUAAUGGUCGCUCAGAUCAUAACUAUUUGUGGCGUUUUUUUUUUAGAAAUCUAGUCAUCAGCCUUAGUCCGAUGGCGUUUACGCAAAUGCCAAAGUUUUGAAGAUUAAUAGACAUGUGGCACCAGUGUGACAGUCUAUGAUGUGUCUUUCGAUUUAUUCAUAUUUAUUCAUAUUUUAUUGGGAAAGAAUCGAUCAUUGAUAUUUUAUGGGUGUUUUUAAUAAAACAAUCAUUCCAUCCCCCGCCUUCUGGAUAUGGGAUGAUUUCAUGGCUAACGAGGCAAGGCACGUUGCUUGAUCUUCUUAACCUCUUUAUCUUUGUUGAAGUAGGCCAAAAUAUUUACAAUGAAUACUAAUCAAAGACCUCUUUCUUGCUGCAGGCUAAUACCAUCCCUUUUAUUUUGUUUCUAAACGGGAAGAUGAAGUUUAUUGUUAUAGAAAGUUGGCGGGUGAUACAAAUAUAAUUUUAUACCCUCUGCGUCAUUUACAAAAUUAAUUAGAGGAAAAAUUAUAAUAAAUGUUUAUUUUACGAUAACAAUAAUAUUAGUUCAUGCGUCAGCGUGUGUAUGUUAACAGCAUUGUAAAGUUUUGGGCAUAAGAGCUGCUCAAGACGCACACGGAAAAACGAAGUAUUAAUUAUCGUUAGUUAUAGCUAGUUAACCACAGGUUAAUAACAGAAUUGACUUAACACCAUCUGCGCUUGUAUUAAAUAGAGCUUAAGAAGAAAGUGGACGUGAGCUCAAGGAAAAAUAAAUUUUCAGAUGUUUUUAGUAAAUUAACUAUGAACAGAUCAGUGUGCACCACCAUAAAUGUUCUUAGUCAGAUCAUACUUAUUCGUGGCGCUUUUCUAGAAUGUCUAUUCCAGGGCGGAUAAAGGUUGGGCGGUGAAACGAGCGCGUCCGAGCAAAAAGGUGUGAUGCAGUGGACUGGGACUCUGCUUAGAAAUGUCGCUUGUUUUCGACUUCGGUCAGGGCUUGCGAAGUUGUUUGUGCAUUAGACACUGCCGCUGUCACUGAAUUAUGGCGGCUUGAUUUGUUUUCUUGCACUUCUUCCUCGUCCCUUUGUGCUGGUACGCUGUCUCCGAGAGGCAAAUAUUGCUAUUUUUUGCGGGAGGUUUAGUUGGAGUAGACAAACAUCUCUUUCAAAGGGUUUCUUUUAUUACUUCCAUGACUCUACCACUGAAUUAUAUUUUCGUUCUGCUACUCGCCAAUGUCGAUGUUAUUCCAAAACAAAAACAACUAAAUACUGUCUAAAACACGAAGGAAAAUCUCAUCCAUGUCAUCCAUGGCAAAACUAAAAGACAGCAGAUCGUGUUUCGUAACUAGAUGACGUGUAUUUUAUAAAUGCGUGCAGCUCGUGCAAGGUGAAAUUAUGCUAAUUUCAAUCACCAACAUCCUUCUUUUUAAUUUUGAAAAAAACAUCUCAUACGUCUUUCUGUUUCUUCGAAACUUCAAAAUUAGUUUCCCCUCAGUUUUUACUGUCUACCUUGUUUUGUUUUAGAGAGAAAAACUGAGAAAAAACCCUACAACUAACAACUUUAUCCGCCCUGGUCUAUUCAUCAAUUGGUCCGUUAGCCUGGAACUAGGCUCCGCUCGCUCCGCACGCCGAUUUUUCUCUUUCGCCCGUUAACCCACUGCGUAGCCUGGUGGCAGGUUAUUGGUCCGUUGGCGUUGAAGCAAAUGCAAAAGUUUUUAUUAAUUGAUAUAGACAUCUGGCACUAGUAUGAAAGUCUCUAAUAUCUCUUUCGGUUUAUUAAUAAUUUUUCUUUUCGGAAAAGAUCGAUCACUGAUAUUUUAUAGCCGUUUUUAAUCAAACAAUUCAUCUGCACGCACUUGCUGAAUAUGAUAUGUUUAUGGCCAACGCGUCACGUAGGCACGCAUUCAACUCGAGCACUUUGGAAUAAUUGUUAAUUAUUGUGCGUGACGUACAAUUAAAUGCAACAUCAAAUGGAUUUCUAUUAAAAGAAUCAUGAUUAUCACUUUAAAACCUUGUGUAAAAUUUGUACCUUCUUUAUUUCAGGUACCGAUCAUCUGCGUGAGUUUAAAGGUGAUAUGUCAUGAGAAUAUUGCUGUUAGGUCUGUGCUUAUUAAUAAGUGAUAUAAAAAAUAACCUGACAUAGCCCAGUUAGCACCAAAGAGGAGCAGGUGGGCCGUCUGAUAGUAUACAGUGGAACCUCGAUAUAACGAACCUCUAUAUAACGAAGUCCUCGGUAUAACGAACGACUUUCUUUACACCAGUAAUAGUAAAAUAUACCCAAAAGAACCUCGAUAUACCGAAACCUCGGUGUAGCCUCCAAAUUUUGUCAGUUUCUUGCUUGGCCCUUCGUUAUUUUAUCGAGGUUGCACUGUAGAACGACCGUGAAGCGAUUUGUAGUUUGGAAUGAUUUAAACGAGACCGAGGAUGGUUAACAUUGUACUGAAAACGUUAUUUUUAUUGUUUCUCUACAAUUGGAAAAAAAAAAGGAUUUAAGAAUAUUCUGGCGCUAUGGGCUGCUUAAUUAUCAACGAUUUAUGGAAGUAUUUAUUCAUCUUUUGAUAUGUGCGUCCUUUGAAUUCAUAUAUACACUUAAAAACUGAUCAGUAGCUUAGAUGGAACAAUGAUAUCUUUACUUGCAUAAUUGUUUGCCUCAGUUCGCUGCUCAAUAAUAGGAUCCAAAGUUAUUAGCUUUAAAAAUUGACUUAACAACCAUAUAACACUCAAACCCCUGCAUGCGGGAGUGCGAAGAGAAUUAUCUGAUGACAAUUAAAAUGUAAUGGUGCUUAAGUGUUUUCGAUGGUAGAAUAUCAGGGGCGGACGGAGGAUUUUGUGGUAGAGGGGGCCCAGAGAAAUAGUAUACAAUAGCAAUAUGGGCGCCAUAGCGCCCGUCAGGACUGCGAACGGCGCACUUCUCUAGGAGUUUCGGUCGCAUGCUCCUCCGGGAAAAAUUUUGAGAUUGAAAUCCUCUGAGAUGCAAUCUAGUGCAUUCUGGACGCUUAAAAUUUAGCAAAUGCCUGGAUUCCAUAUUGAACAUGUAAUGCUGAAAUAUUUUAUAAACCACAUCUUAUUAUUGGCAUUCUGAUUCUGGGUUCUGCAAGGCCAGUGAAUGCCAAAUUUAUAUGCAACGCGUCAAAGAUUUAGCAAACAAAAUUCUAUUUGUAGUUGAUUUAGCUUUUCUUUUAGUAAUUAUGACUUGUGUGUGUAUGUUUUAUCCCGGCAAAUUUGACCUCUUUGAACACGGUAUUUUAUUUUUUGUCUUCCACAUUAUUGGCAAUAUUCCAUUGUUUGCUCAAUAAUUGUGCUAAAGUUGUUGUUGCACCAACCGCUGAGAUCCGACUGAAUCGACAAUUUGUUAAACUAAACAGGAAUUUAGCGAUCUAACUGAAAAAGAGCGAAGCUGUGCUUUUGAGAUUAGCUGCAACAGCUAAUGGUGUUCCGUUACCCAAAUUUAACUUGAACUGCGAUAGGGUCGACGAGUUUUAAGAGUUCUAAAAGGAGUUGAUCGCGAGGAUGAAUUCAUCUGUGAAUGACUGUAUUAAUUGAAAUGAAGUGGUAGCAGAAGCAUAAUGUAAGAGGCACAAGAAUGCGGUAUAAACAGUGUAGACCUUACCUUUGGUGAUCUCAAAUCGUGUAAACCGAACAUAAAUUAGUGAAUAAAUAAAUGCGAAUAGAUAGGAAUUGUCUAACUAUGAAACACAAAUUUGCAAAGGUCGACCAAUAGACAAUGUAGUUCAUGAAUAUAAUUUAGUCUUCUUUUUUUUUCAGAAUUCAUUUUUUUAAAUUGUUAUUUGCAUUUAUAAUAUUGAGAAUAUUAAUUCCUCAAAGGUUUCAUCAAAAGUAGGCGUCAUAAGACACCAAAGCAACGUUUAUGUCACAACAUUAAACUCAGGGACAGUUGAGUGGUAUCUUUUUCAGUAACUUUAAUUUAAAACUAACAUGCACACACGAAAACAAAAUUGCCGCCGAUAACGAGGUCCUCUGUAGAAGGAGUAGAUGACUUGUCUAGGCGCCCCAUGGUGCCCCAUUCAAACUAACUAAACAUGUUUAAUUAAACCAUGUUUUCAAAAAUGAAAACGGACUCGAAAAACAGGAACACAGGCUUUUUUUACAUAGGAUGCGUUUACAAAAUUCAACGCGUUUUUGUAAUUUGCAAUAAAGAUGUCAGCAACAUAAGGUGCUCUUAUGAAGGAAAAAAAAAUAUACAAAUAUACCGUGUUUGAAUAAACUGCCUUUAAACAUAGACCGAUCAAUACAAAGAACUUUGAAAAUAAAAUCGAUAAAACAAAGCAAUUAAUGGUCUAUAAAGUUUAGCUUUAUCUAGUAAGCUGUCUUUCCCUUAACUUUUUUUUUCAAAAAACAAAGGAUGGUUUUCAGUUGGGGUCUUAAAAAAUGUAUUUCUUUUUAAUUUGGUGGACCUUACUUUGAACAAGCGUAGGAUAGGAGGUAAUUAGCGCGUUUUCAAACGGGAAGACGAAAUUGUAUUGUUAUAGAAAGUUGGCAGUCAAUACAAAUUUGACUUUAUACCAUCUGCGUUAUCGACAAACAGGCGAAAGUUUAUUUUUAACACAAUUAGUUCAUGCGUCAGCGUGCGUAUGUCAAGAUAUCAAACAAACGGGAAGUUUGGGGCGUGAGAGUUGCUCUAGUCGCAGAUGGGAAGGCAAAGUUGUAUAGUUAUAUCAAGUUAAGCACUAGUUAAUACAGAAUUGACUUUACACCGUCUGCGACAAUAAUAGAGACAAAAGUGAGUGAAAGAUAGCUUAGGGAGAAAGUGGAAAUUAGCUAAGCUAAUUUUUAGAUAUUUACGAACAGGUGUGCCACCAUUAAUGUCAAUGGUAAUACAGGUCAUAGCUAUUCUUGGCGUUUUUAAUUUCUGGAAAUGAGUAUUCGUCAAUUGGUUCGUUGGCGUUGACGCAAAUGCAAAAGUUUAAUCGAUAUAGACAUGCGGCGAGUGUGAAAGUCUCUAAAGUCUCUCUCCGAUUGUUUUAUUCAUAUUUAUUAUUCUUAUUUUAUUCGGAGAGAAUCAAUCAUUGAUAUUGUAUGGCAUUGGGUGUUUUUAAUAAAACAAUCAUUCCACCCCCGCUUACGGGAUAUGAGAUAUAAUAUGGCCAACGAGGUACGUAAGGCCUGCACGUAUCCGGCCAACGCGCGCUCUCGUGGAAUAACUGUCGAUUAUUGUGUGUUCAGUUCAAUGCAACAUCAAAUGGAUUACUAUCAAUUGAUAGCAUCAUUAUUGUCACGGCUUCUUUCUGCAAUAAUAUUUGUACCUUCUUUAUUUUAGGUACCAGCUUAGAGAGUUUAAGUGGGCUAUGUCAUGAGGAUGUUGCUAUCCUAGGUAAAAAAAAAAAACAAACAAGUGAUAUUGCCCCUUUAAAACCAGUACUGAGAGGGCACGCUACAGGAGUCCUCUAACAGAACAAUCGUAGGCGAAGUAGUUGAAAAUGAAUAAGACGAGACCGAAGAUGUUUAUCAUUGUAUUGAACCAUUUUAUGGAUAAGAAACAAAAAUAUUCUGUAAUAUUUCAGCACUAUGAAGGAGGGGGGGGACGGAAGGCAGGUUCAAAUUAAGUUCUUUAAUAUUUAAUGAGAACUUAUUUAGCAUUUUUAAUAUGGCACGAUUUAUUGACUUUAGAUUGACAAUUCAAUCGGAGAAACUAUAUCAGUUUGCUGAUAUAUAAUGGCACCUAAAUGUUGUCAAUGGUAGAAUUAUAUAUAGACCAAAAUGAAAGAACAGAAGAUGUUUUUGUAAGUAAGAGACUCAAGAGAACAGACCUGUCGAAGAAUCAGUAAGCAUGGACAGAACAGCAAAUGGAAGCUGCUUCAGUUUGAUAAAUCCAGAAACACUAAAAACUGGGCAAACGGUUGCUCUGAGCCUGAUACUUGUUGUUUCGUUGGUUGGGAAUUCUCUCAUCGUAUUAAUUGUUUACAAAACACCAACUUUGAGAAAACCGAUAAAUAUGUUGAUCGCAAACAUGGCCAUGUCCGACCUGCUCUAUCCAAUAUUCUUGUUCCCUGUUCGUCUGGCAGAAGGGCACGCUGGCUCGUGGCUUAUUGGUGGUACACUUGGUCAGGCCUUGUGCAAGAUACAUAUUUUUUUUGCUGAUGUUUCCUCGUUAGUGUCCAUUCAGAGCCUUGUUUUGAUAACAGUGGAUCGAUUUGUAGCUGUUGUAGUUCCACUCCGUUCCCCUCUCGUAAGUAGAAAGCUGUAUCUAUUUUUCAUUGUCGCUACUUGGAUCGUUGCAAUGGCCGUUCAUUCGCCAUAUCUUGUUGCUUAUAAACUUGUUAAAUACCCAGAACGACUGAUGUGCAAAAGUCUGUGGCAGGAAGCCUUCGGGGGAAACACAUAUCCAAAUUACGUCUUAGCAGGUGCUAUCGUGUUUUUCUACAUUCCCUUUGUCCUCUUGGUGAUACUGUACUCCAUCAUCCUGAUCAAGCUUAAAAAGCAAGUCCAUCCAGGUGAACAGUCAGCCAACGCUGAGGAACAGAGGACAAGAAGAAACAGAAACGUGCUUAAGAUGGCUAUUGCUAUCGUGGUAGUGUUUUUCAUUUGCUGGAUACCCUUACUCAGUAACGGGAUAAUAGUCGGUUUCAGUGCACCAGACAGUCGUAUUUUUUCUUCUUGUAGUUUUUAUCUAUACUUUAUUGUCACCUUGUUUAUGACUUACGUAAACUGUGCUAUUAACCCGAUUAUCUGCCUCACUCUUAACAGUAACUAUCGCCAGCCUCUUAAGAGACUUGUGAGUUGCUGUGCCGCCGAUGCAGUGGAAGAUUAA